AAUGAAGAAAUGUAUCUUGAAAAAAUGAACAGAUGAAAGUAUAUGUAAUAACAAAACAAAAUGUAAUAGCAGAAUAUUUUAAUUUUUUUUCGGUGGGAGGGGAGGGUAGUUUGUUGUAGGGUUGCACCCCCUUAUAUAUUAUUCUGCCGGCGCCCUUGAUUGUUGUAUUUAAUUUUAUACAGAAAGUGAUAUACUAUCUUUAAGAAAUGAGAUACGGAAAUCUCACCUCCACUUUAAGUCGUCCUAGUAGAUUAAAAAAGAAGAAAAAAAAUGUGUUUAUUUUGGUGAUUAUUUGUGAAGAGAGCGGUGUUGAUUGAUUGUGUGAUAAUCCCUUCGACAAAAUUUUUAAUACCACUUCUCUUCCCUAUUCUCAUUUAGAAGCGUUUAAGGUAAAAGAUGUUUCAAUGGGUUCAACUGUGUAUCUUCAUAUUAUGUUGUGUUGGAGUUUUAUUUGGUGUUCUGGGAGAAUUUGGAUUACAGAAUGAAACGUGUGCCUUCUUUUUCUUGGGUGUGUCUGCUUACGCUGGAGGAAAAAUCAUACGCCUUAUUAGGUUGCCUGGAUUAUUAGGGAUAUUAAUUGUUGGAAUAAUGUUUCACUCGCUUCUCUCAUUUGAGAAAUAUGUUUCCGUGUGGUGGUCCUCGAUUAUUAGAGAUUGUGCUCUCACUGCCAUACUGCUGAAAGCUGGCCUCGGUCUCGACCCAGACAAAUUGUCAAAAUUAAAACUCGCCACCUUGAAGCUCUCUCUCAUUCCCUGCCUGAGUGAAACAAUAGGAGUGGCUGUCUUUUCCAAACUCUUUUUAGGUUUGCCAUGGACUUGGUCACUCAUGUUAGGGUUCAUCAUAUGUGCUGUAUCUGCAGCAGUAUUGGUGCCCGGGAUGAUUGAUUUAGACGAAAAGCGAUUUGGUACAGAAAAAGGAAUAUCUACUCUGAUGCUGGCCGCUGUUUCUCUUGACAACACUGUUGCCCUGGCGGGAUUUUUCCUCUCGAUAAGCAUUUUAACUUCUCAAGAAAUGACCAGUAUGUUCUUGCUGAAGAGAGCUCUUGAACCAUUGAUCGGAGUAUUGUUGGGUGGAGCGUUUGGUCUGCUGAUGGGGUGGAUAACAUCAUCUAAGGUUUCAUAUGAGCGAGCUCUUCUCCUAUGCCUGGGAGGUCUGAAUUUCAUAUUCUUGAGCAAAAGAUUAGAUGUGGCGGGUGCUGGAGUGCUAGGGUGCGUGACUUUCACUUUCAUUGCAUCUCUCAGGUGGCGAAAAGACAUUACUUCAUUCAACUCUCUCAUCAGUAUAAUUGGAAUGCUGUGGAAAAUACUGGAAAUUUUUCUUUUUGCUUUGAUUGGAAUUCAAAUCUCACUAGACAGACUAAAUUUAGGUCUAGGUCUGGGGAUCUUGUUCCUGGGCAUUUCAAUCCGGAUUGUCACCACUUUCGUUGCAUUGUGCGGCACUCAAAUGAAUUUCAAGGAAAAGAUAUUCAUUUCUGCAUCCUGGAUUUCUAAAGCAACCGUUCAGGCGGCUGUUGGUUCAGUUGCAUUAGAAUAUUUUGAAGGGAAAAAUCCAGAGAUGAAAUUUGGUGAAGAGGUGUUAUCUUUAUGUGUUCUUUCUAUAAUGUUGACUGCACCUCUGGGGGCUCUUGUGAUCGAUUAUUUAGGACCUUUAUUGUUAACAAAGGAAGAAGAAGAUUGCCCACCCUCGAAUUCAGAGAAAAUAGCACAAGCAGCGCUAGAAAUCGCCCAAAUCAUGCACAGUGAAGGGAUGAUCUCAUGAGAAAACAAACUUUUCUUUUUAAAAGGUAUCAGAGACCAUUGUUUCAGAAAAAAACAUUAUCUGAAAAAUAAAGGUUAUAGAAAACGAUA